GAACUCCAACACUUAUCAGUAAGAACAUAAAUUAACAGUCAUUAUGGAAAAUAUGCAAAGUUCCUUCUAAAAAUAUAACUACCAUGUAAUCUAACAAACCUACUUAUAAUACAGUAUAUAUACAAAGGAAAGAAAUCAUUAUAUCAUAGAAAUAAAUGCACUCCAGUGUUUACUAUAGCAUCAGCCAUAGAGCCCAAGAAAUUAAAUCCACCAAGGUACUCAUCAAUGGAUAAAAGGUUUAAAAAAAAAAAAGGUGGCACAUAUAAACAAUGGAAUAUUACCAUGGGUAGAUAUGGGAGACAUUCAGUUUAAUGAAAUAAGGCAAGCAAAGAAACACAAAUUCAAGAUGUUUUCUUUCUUGUUCAUUUGCGGAAGCUAAACAAGUCAUCAAUAAAAGACAGUAGUGGUCAGUACAGACUAGGAAGAGUAAGAUUAAGAAAUGUAAGAAGGGCCCUUUCUCGCUCCCCGGCCAUCUUGGCGACUGGUCUUGGUUGGGGGCUGUCCCGCACUUAAGGCAGGAAGAUGGUGGCCACAAAGAAGAUGAAAAAGUCUCUGGAGUUGAUCAACUCUAGGCUCCAACUUGUUAUGAAAAGUGGAAAGUACGUGCUGGGGUACAAACAGACUCUGAAGAUGAUCAGACAGGGCAAAGAGAAAUUGGUUAUCCUCGCCAACAACUGUCCAGCUUUGAGGAAAUCUGAAAUAGAAUACUAUGCCAUGUUGGCUAAAACUGGUGUUCAUCACUACAGUGGCAAUAACAUUGAAUUGGGUACAGCAUGUGGAAAAUACUACAGAGUAUGCACACUGGCUAUCAUUGACCCAGGUGAUUCUGAUAUUAUUAGAAGCAUGCCAGAACAGACUGGUGAAAAGUAAACCAGGAAAGUUUUUCUUUAAUAAAACUUUACCAGAGCUCCUUUAAAAAAAAAAGAAAGAAAGAAAGAAAGAA